UGUGACGACUCUAAACAUUCUAUUUUCAUUUUCUGUGACUUCAUUCGUGAUCCUUAAUUCUUCAUUAAAUCGAUACCUAGUUUCGUUAACUAACGACGGUGCAGUGGGGAUUGUAAAUAUAAAAUGGCUAAACCGAAGACCGAAGAUGCGUCAGAAGAUGCUAAAAAGAUUGUAGAUGAUGCUAAAAACUUUAUUGAAAAAGCCAUUGCUGACAUUGGAAAAACUUCAGCGACGAAACAGCUAAUUUUAGGAACUGCGUCAGGAUGGAUUACAGGUUUCAUCACAAUGAAAAUAGGAAAGAUCGCCGCAGUUGGUUUAGGAGGCGGUGUCAUAUUGUUACACAUUGCUAGUCAGAAAGGAUUUAUUGAUAUUAAUUGGGAUAAAAUUAAUAAGAAAGUGGACAAAAUUACAGAUAAAAUAGAGAAAGAGGCUACUGGAAAAUCACCCGAUUGGAUGGAAAAAGUAGAGAGGUUUGUGGACCGAAAACUUGACAAAGCUGAGGAAUUAUUAAAGAAAAAAGAGAAAAAAGCCAAACACUGGUAUAAUAAUUUUAUUGGUGAUGACCAGUACCGUGCUACAGAAUCACAUGUAUUUUUAGCUUCCUUUGCAGCCGGUAUGGCAAUAGGUUUGCUUUGCGGCCAAUAAUUUUUUUCAUAUUCUUGUAAAAUAACCUAAAUAUUAUAUUUAAGACAUGUUCUCAUAAUGUUAAUUAGAUUUAGUCUAAACUUAGUAAUUGAAUAACAGUUAUUAAAUUAUUGUAUUCCAUUUAGUUACCUUGAUCUAAUAUGGAUGUUUAAAUAAAUUGCUUAAUCAAA